AAUGGUACCGUGACGAAAAUUCAGCUACGGCAACAGGCAGUAUGAAAUCAUACAAGCACGAAGGGCAAUCGACCGGCUGGUCUUGCCAAGUGCUUUUCGACUUCUGGUAAUUAUGUGUUCACACUUUAAGAACCAAAUGUGAUCAUAUCGACGAUUUUCGUACGGGAUAUGGUUGUUGAGCAAUCUUUGACAACUACGCCUAUGUGUCGACAACCUGUCAGUGCCUUCACGCUCGUUCGGUUGCUGGUUCCAUUAAUGGCCGGAUGUGUACUUGGUUCUAUUUCUCAUCAAUCAAAUUGGUCGUUGACCAAUACGUCUUUGACGUAUAUGGAUAAUAUUUUGAAAUCAUUAACGGAAUAGAAUUACAAUCGGAAUUAUUUUGAAUUUAAGCCAGAGGGCAUAAGUUUAGAAGAUAGGAUGUCGAAACCAAAGGUGCUUUUGACUCGUCCAGAUAUUCCAACGGAAUCGCUCCAGCUACUGCAGUCGUUUGCGGAGGUUGAAAUCCAGCCGAAAGAAAGGCCCAUCAGCAAAGAGGAGCUUAUUACUUCGGUCAGGGAUAAAGAUGCUCUUUUCUGUAUGCUUACAGAUCCUGUCGACAAAGAGGUGGUCGAUGCCGGAGUAGAUCUCAAAGUGAUUGCAACGAUGUCGGUAGGACACGAACACAUCGAUAGUGAGGCAGCGAAAGCCCGCGGAAUUUCAGUGACCAACACCCCCGAUGUGUCUUCGAAUUCGGUGGCCGAACUGACCGUCACGCUGAUGCUGGCUGCUGGCCGAAGAGUUUUUGAAGCUGCCAACACAGUAAAGAGAGGUCAUUGGAACUAUUCGUGGGCCCCGCAAUGGCUGUGUGGUCACGGUCUCGCCGGUGCGACGAUUGGUUUUGUCGGUAUGGGCAGAAUCGCCCAAAGUGUCCUGGCCCACUGCACAGCAUUCGGUAUCAAGGAGGCAAUUUACUAUGACAAGUUUCAUCCGAGGGAAGCAGCGGAGAAAAUGGGAGCCAAAUUUCGACCCCUUGACGAAGUCCUGGCAAACGCCGAUUUCAUCGUCACACUCACGAACCUGAACGAAGAAACUCGCCACAUGUACAACGCUGAAACAUUUGCAAAAAUGAAGAAAAAUUGUGUGUUUGUUAAUACCUCACGCGGAGGAGUCGUCGAUCAGGACGCGCUCUAUGAUGCCCUGAAAAACGGCGUAAUACGGGCAGCUGCGCUAGACGUUUCAGAGCCCGAGCCGCUUCCGGCAUAUUCAAAGCUUCUUACGUUGGAUAACCUCAUUGUGACGCCUCAUAUCGGCAGUGCCGAAACUAACGUCCGUGUACAAAUGGCUACCUUGGCCGUCAACAACAUCAAAGCAGUACUUGAGGGGAGACCUGCCAUAACUCCUGUGAACUUGUAAAACGACGAAAUCCAUUAAUUGUAGUAUUACGGUUUUGCAACGAACUGUUAUCAGCUAAGGAGAAAAGGGGUACAGCCGAAUCAACUGAGAAGAAUUACUACUAUUCGAAAUGGUCGGAGGUCGUUAACGUUUCGUAUGCGCGGUUUAUGCGUCACCCAAGCCACUUGGUAGACAUAGCCUAAAACAUCGGCAGUGUUGAUCGAUAAAAAACGUUUCAUUUGGUUUCUUGGGUAAUUUCUAUAGAACUAAAAAUGGCUGUACCUACCAAGAAAAAAAAAAACGGAAUUUUACCGAAUCGGUAUUUACUUAUUGAUGUGCGCGUUCUAUAACAAGAUGAAAUACAAUGUCUGAGCAAGAUUAAUUGCUACGGCUACGACUACACAUAUUAUUCAUGAGUAAUACACAGUGAUGCGACACGACUUCCACAAUAUCAGAAGGAACUUUCGAUGUUAUGGACAAUAUCGGGUCCCUAUAUGCGAGGUAGAUGUUCAGUUACUCGCAUUUGGGACCCGUGCAAUAGUGUGCAUGUAUGCAGCAAUCCUAAUAAAAUAUUCUUAGUGACAUUAGUUGUGUUGUAUGCCCGUGUCAGAUACGUUCGAUCGAAUAAACACCCAGGUUUCGAGUGUGUGCGAUGCUAGCAAAUAUAUGAGUGGAAAUGUAUGAUCUAUUUAAAAAUACAGUAUUUAUAAAUAUGAUAUUUAGAAAAAAAAAAGAAAGUAAGACUUAAAAAAGACACAGCUCUAUUGAAGGAUACCGAGUUUCGAUAAAGUUUUCGUGUUGAUUGGAAUCAUAUAUAGAUAGGUAAUCAUAUAUUGUACAUACAACGGUAUCGUAAAAGUAACACGCACAUACUAAGUCUGAUAAAACAUCCUACGGAAUCAAUCAUUGUUACUUUGUGGUCGAUUUCUCUAUUGACCAUACUGACCAGAGGUCGAUCAACAAUCUUUUCAGUGUUUGCUUCCUGUUUAUUCUUCAUUAAUGCUGAUGAAUAUGUGUUUAGAAAUUUGAGGUUCUUGAAGACUUCCUACCAAGGCAGUGUCGAACGUUUUGUUAUUCUAGUGAGAUUAUUCUUUCGUUUGUUCUUAUUAUUGUUUCUACAUAUUAACAGUAGUAUGAAUUCUAUGGCUACGGCUAGUUAAAUCUUCGGCCAAAUACUUGGAAAAUUUGAAACGACUGCGAUCGAAAAAUAAUAAGGUUUGCUAUACACUCAAAAGUACGUCAAGGGCGCUGGCCUUACAUCAUACUCUACCCGGAAAGACUUUCACAUAGAAAAAAAUAUCCUACUUCGUCAAACUUUACCUAGCUUCAAGCUAGAUUUAUUUUUCUUGUUAUAUUUUAUUAUUAUUGUUACUAUAUUUGGUUUAAGAACGACAUCAUGUUCUUAUCAGAGAUAUACAACAAUUAACAGGUUAUUAUUGAUAAGCAAUGGUGGGUUACCGCACUCCACCAAUUCUGCUAUAUUCGCGAUGGUGCUAUAUUGAUCCGUUACUGAGUGGCCGAGGUCUAAUCAUUUCUAAAUAAGUAUUCUGCGAAU